GAAGUGACGUGUGCAUGCCGUCACCCGUGUGUUGAUGUUUUGUGGAAAGUGGAGAACGGACGGCGGACGGGAAGCAGUGGCUUUGUUUUUGUUUCCAACAGCGGCGCCUUUUAACGUUAAAAGGCCACUCGGCUUUUCAUUAAAACGUUCAAGGACGCGCACGCGGACAAAGAAGACGCUCACGUUGACUUUCGAUCGAACGCAAAACGUUUAAACGGAGGACUCGUCCCCCUCCUCCUCCCCUUCCCUCCGACCCCAAUCUGCUUUAAAUAGACAGCUAGCUAGCCAACAUGACGAUUCUGCCCAAGAAGAAGCCGAGCUCGUCCGUUGGUGUUUCCGAUCACACCGACGAUGCCGACCGACGGAGCGGAUCCGAUCCGCACCCACACCCGCAUUCUCACGCCGUGCGGACGGGCGCCAGGCCCAGAGCUUCUCCGCCGCCGUGGUCGUAUCAGACCGCUCCGCCUUCGUCCAGGGAGGACAGGCGGAACGAGUCGAGCUCCCGGCCGCAGCAGGCCUCGCCUCCUCCGGUAGGUUCUGGUUCCCCGGCCGGGCCGGGAGACGGAAGUGGGAUCUCCGGGGUUCGCGGAGAGCUCACGGGCGGUGUAGGAUGCGGCGGUGCUGGCGGAAUAGGAAUUGGGAGUUGCUGCUCUGGUCCGGGGCUCAGCAAGAGGCGGCGUCAGGCGUCUUGCACCGGCGGAGUAACGGGCGGAGGUACCGGACCCGGUGCGUCUGGAGGCGGUGGGGUCGGUCCGAGCUCGGAUCCCGAGGAAGGCGCCGGUUACAACAGCGAGGAUGAGUACGAGAAUGCUUCGAGACUGCAGUCGGAGGAUCCGGCGACGGUUGAACAGCCCUCAUCAAAAUGUUACCAGUGUAAACUGGGGGAAGGGGGCGGGGCUUAUCGAGUGUGUCAGCAGGAGCACUGGUUUGAGAAAGCACUUGGGGAAAAGAAAGGAUUUGUGAUUAAAAAAAUGAAGGAAGACGGUGCGUGCCUCUUCAGAGCAGUCGCUGAUCAAGUUUACGGAGACCAAGAUAUGCACGAAGUCGUUCGCAAACACUGCAUGGACUACUUGAUGAAGAACGCAGACUACUUUUCAAACUACGUGACGGAAGACUUCACCACAUACAUCAACAGGAAAAGGAAAAACAACUGUCACGGGAACCACAUUGAGAUGCAGGCCAUGGCGGAGAUGUACAACCGGCCGGUGGAGGUGUACCAGAACGGCACAGAACCAAUCAACACGUUCCAUGGGAUCCACCAAAACAACGACGAACCAAUCAGAGUCAGUUACCAUCGGAACAUUCACUACAAUUCGGUGGUGAACCCUAAUAAAGCGACGAUCGGAGUGGGGCUCGGCCUUCCUGCCUUUAAACCAGGGUACGCGGACCAGUCUCUGAUGAAGAACGCCAUCAAGACAUCGGAGGAAUCGUGGAUCGAGCAGCAGAUGCUGGAGGAUAAAAAGAGGGCCACUGAUUGGGAGGCUACCAACGAGGCAAUCGAGGAGCAGGUGGCACGCGAGUCGUACCUGCAGUGGCUCCGGGAUCAGGAGAAACAGGCACGGCAGCCACGCAAGGCCAGCGCCACAUGUAGCUCUGCCACUGCUGCAGCCUCCAGCGGACUGGAGGAGUGGAACGCACGGUCCCCACGGCACCGGAGCUCCGCCCCCUCCCCCGAAAACCCGGACCCGGCCCACUCGGACCCAGCACCCAAGCCUCCCUCCCCGGCUGGAGCGGCCCUCGCGCUGUCCAAACCCCCCUCGCCUUGUGCUCCUGGGCCCAGUAACCAAGCCUGUGUUGGAGCAGACAGACCCACCUCAUCGUCUCUGGUGUCUCUGUACCCAGCACUGGGAUACCGCGCCAUCAUGCAGGACAUGUCGCCAACAGCUUUUGGUCUGACAGAUUGGGAGGAUGACGAGAUUUUGGCCUCGGUCCUGGCCGUAUCGCAACAGGAGUACCUCGACAGCAUGAAGAAGAACGCCAUGCAUAGAGAACCGUCUCCAGACAGCAGUUGAUAAAGGGACGAAGGCACUCCGAAGCCCUCUUGUGCUAUGGGAGAAGGCACAAACCCGGGGAUCAAUCAAACGUCGUCCUGUCCAUCAUCAUAGAAAUCCCAUUUCCCUCUCACUCUCCCCUCAUGUCCUGAUCACUAUCAUCUAUCAGUAAUAAUGACCGUCACUGUAAGACUUCCCCCUCACCAUUACCUUACUUUCUUUUGCCACUAAUGCCAAGAUUGGACUUCUUUAUUAGGUGCAUGUUUAAACCAACAUAACUGAUCUCAUAGAAAAAAAAAACA